AUCUUUUCUGACGGCUCGUCAUGCACAAAGUAUUUGUGACGCUCGUAUUUGGAACGGAGCGCGACGACUGCAUGGCGUCACAAAAGCACAAUUGCGACCGAAUUUGGCCUUUACUGACGAAAUCCUUUGGUCACUAAUGACAACCUUUUUUGUAGUGACAACACCAAAAUUGGUGCUAUUUACCCUACAUAUCGAGGUGUAUUUUGUGCCAAUUCAUGUGCUUAAAUGCUUGAACAUCAUCAAAUACAUCCCUAUUGCUUUCCUAUUUGAUUUCGAUCUGAUUUAGGGUGUAUUAGUCGAUAUGUGCGAAUUAGGUACAAACAAGGUCACAAGUGUAGAGAAGGGGCAGGAAUUGAAGAUCGUGGCCUAGAAGCCAAAGAUCACGACCAGGAUCCCAAGCCAUGAUGUCCAGUUGAAGAUCGCGGCCCAGAAGCCAUAGAUCGACAUUGGGAUCUUGGAGGCUCAAGACACGAACUUCUCGAGGAAUGAGCCUUGGAGAAGCAGAGAGUCUCCUCGGUCAAGUCAUGGCCAACGUUCACAUUGCCCGCGAGGAAGAUCGCAGUUGUGACUCAAGGAUCGCGACCGCGAAGUCAGCCUGUGAUCUUCCCCUCCCCGAAGGCCUCGACGACUGCGUUUUGAGAUCACGUCUCAGAGACCAAAGAUCCCGGCCACGAUGUCCUUACAUCAGGACGCGAACUUGUCCGUGUCUGCAGAUUACCUAUAAAUAGAAGACACAUUUCCCCCUUUUUUAGUUGAGCUGAUUUUGAGAGAAACUUUCUGGUUCUAGAGAAAAAGAAGAGAGAGAAGUUGAUGAAAGGAGAAGAGAAGGAGAAAGAGGAGCUAGGAGCAAGGAGGCAUCUUCUUCAACCCCAAGUCUUCUUCUAAUUUUUACCAUGUAUCUUGUUCCCUCCUUUAUGGAGUAGUCCUCUAAGGUACUAGGGGUUCUAAACCUCAAACCCUAGUUAUAGGGUUUACUAUGUAUGUAUGGAUAUUUUAACGGUUUGAAUGAAUGAAUGUGUUUGUGUAGUUGAUUUUAAUACCACUCUUUCCUAAAUGAUGACACUUGGGUAAGUUGCUUUAAUCUUUCCUCUUAGCCUAAUUUAUUCUACCACGGUGGGUAUGGAGUUCUAGGGUUAGACGGGUAUGCGCCAUAUAGCGAGUUUAGGUUAGAUGUGUGAAUGGGGGCCAUAGUGGUCGAGGCAACCGAACCCCUGCUAUAGAUAGCCUUCCUAUAUGGAACCCGGGAUGAAACCCCAGUGUGGAUGGUGGAUAGUGUCCAUUGAAUUGAGCCAUAAGCUUAAUGCCCCAGAUACGAUAGCCUAGAUCGAGGUAACUCGAACAUGGGUUUAGGGGAGGCAUACUCGGAGGCGUGUGGAUAACUAUGAAAGCCCACAGAAAAAAGCUCACUCACCACAUUCGAUGAUCCUAAGUAUCUAGAUAUACACAGUAACCUUAAGCUAGGGGGAUGGAUAGUUUCCCGAAGUACCUGCUUUUAGCUUUGAUUAAUCUCUAGACUAGUGUUUUCUCAUAUCCUCCACUUAGAAUCUCAAAAACCGAUUAACUAAUUAGCAACUAGGUGGGAAGUAGGCUAGGGUACCAGGACCCGAGUAGAAUACGGCAUUGCUUACCACUAUACGGCAAUGCCGCUCUAGGUUAAACUUGGCCUAGGAUAGGAUAGUUGUUGAUACGUGCUAACCUCUGACAAUAACCUGCACGGAUUCAAGUGAUCAACCCUAAACAUAUACCCAAAACCAUAUACCCUAUACCAUAACCGUGCCUUAUACCCUAACCAUACAUUCUUAUGAGUUAUGAUUCUGCUACUCUAGUUAAUUUAGUAAGGGAUCUUUGCUAUCCUUAAACCUAAACCAUAUACCCUAUACCCAAACUACGUAUCCUAUACCCUAACCAUAUAGCGUUAUGAGUUUUGCUACUAUAGUUAAGUUAAAGUGAAAUUCAAACUUUGAUUUCUAAAACAUAUAUUAAAAAAGAUAUUUGCUA